AUGAACGGCUGGUACCAACAGCCGAGACGAUCAAUGCAGCACGGUAGGACGCUGAAUUCGAAGAUGCUAUUCAGUAUGCAGCACUACAAUCACCUAUCGGCCCUUGGAAAAGCCCAUACUGAGCAUCACCGGGCCCCCGCUGAAAACAAAGUUACUCAGCCGCGGCUUGCGACGAGGGUUGGGCAAAUUCACACAAUCGAGGCCGGCAAUGGGUACGAAAUUCCAUGGAUCGAUGCGAGCCGAAUGUCGACAGACACGUCGAUUGAUUUUCUUCUCCAUUCGCCGGUGCUCGUCGGGGACCUCAUCACUGACGACGGUGCGCUGCGGUGUCUUCAGGCCAGCCCCAGUAUCUACACCAUCGACUUGCUCGGUCCCUGGUGGCUCGUCGUUCAUCCCACAGUGGUCUUGUGA